AUGGCUGCUCCUCAAGUGCAGGUACUCCUCCGGUUCCUUUCUCAAGAUGCCAAAGUGCCGUUGGCGACCGCAAUGGGCAAAGCCAACAAUCUUAUCAAAGCCGAUCUCACAACAGCCGAAAGUAUAUCCAAGGGAGAGCUCAAGACGUUACAGGAGAUAUUCAAAGACGACAAGCUCGCAAAGCAAGUGCUUAACGCUGCUAAGAGAACAUCCAAGAAGCGCGCUGCGCCGACAGAAAGCACAAAAGGCUCCCCUCAGAAAAAGUCUAAAGCUUCGUCGCAAGCUGAUACUACAACCCCAUUCGCCACUGAAAAGGCACUGGCUCUUCCCAUUUCGUCUGCCAGUGAAGCAGAGCUUUCAAACAUAGUAUUACUCACAAAUAGGGCACCGCUGGUGCUUGCCUUUGCGGUUUGUGUCUUGAAGUACACAAUGCCUGAGCAACCGAUAUCAAGUAGGCUCAGCCUGGCCCAGGCUGUUGUCAGCGCUAAUAGCCGCUCAAAGGCUGUUAGUUUGGGCCUUGAGAGUGGACAACCCGCAGAACAGGAAGGCUGGGGCGAAGGUCAACCUGUGAUUACGGUUUUGGGUAGGGAUGUCAAGGUGCUGAAAAGGUGGGAUUACGAUCCUCGAGAGGGGCAACCGCAGUCUACACAGGGGUCUCAGGAUCGAGAGGUUGUACCUGAUGAUAUACUAGGGCAACAUCCUCCGGGCGGCUCUGAGUCUGCGCCACCAUUUUGGGGGAUUGACACCGAAGCAUUAAAACGCGAGCAAUCAAGUCGUUCUAAUGCAGCCAUUGCUUCGGAGAAGACGCUCCCGAUACAUACUCCGCACUCGGCACGCUCAUAUCUGUUGAGAUCAUUCGUAAGGAAGCCUAGUGGGGACACCGAAAAUCAGAUUCCGCCCAAAAAAAAGAGCAAUGUACAGGUCGAGGCAGAAAAGAUGGACUGCUUGAGCCAACUUUUGCAAUGCAUUGAUUUGGUGUGCCGAUCAUGGGCGUCCGCUUUAAGUGUGGACGAACUGGAUAGACGUGCUUGGGCUUGGUACGUCCGUGUCAGACCUUCUGUCCAAAGCGGGAUAGGAGGGUGGGGAGAGAAAGGAGCUGUGAAACUGUCGGAGAUCCUGGCCCUGAAGAGACAUUCAUGACCAGGUUUUCUCUCAGCGAGGGUCACUGAAGUCCCUUUCGGUGAUCAGAUUACAGUAAUAUCAAGGUUUAAGGCCAUCUUGCUUGCCCUAGAAUAUAACUACCAUGCGCCGGUAAUAGAUCCUUAAUGAUCAAAGGCAAAUCAUGAGCAGGAUGCUCGGGGUCUACUAUUAUGACAAGAGCGAGAUUCAUGGAACUUUGGAAUCCUUAUACUGUUUCGUGCAAGGAUAAAGUGCUCGUCCCACGACGCUAUACAAAAGCCGAUCCUAAUCAACAACGGCCGCUAGUUAUCCAAAUGGCUCACCGAGGCCUUCGUCAAUGAAAGUCAACGAUAUUCC